AUGUUUCUGCCAGAGGACCUCCUAUUCAAGCAGGGCGCGCUUGCACACGUCUGGCUUGCCUCGAACCAACAGAAGAAGCUCACCAAGGCCCAGGUGCUGCAGCACAAGAUCCCAGAGAGUUGCGAGGUCAUCAUCCGACCCGAGGUGGCCGCUGGCGGUCCGCUUGCAUUGCGGUUGAACGCGCAGUUGCUCCUCGGUGAGGUUCGCAUCUACAACAAGAAGGUCAACUAUCUACAGGAUGACUGUCAGGAAGCCCUAUGGAAGAUCAGGAUGGCCUUCCGCCCCGGAAACAUCGAUGCGCCCGCCCAGACUCACGUCGCCAAUCCCACAAAUCUCAUGCUACAGGAUCAGAUCACCGAUCUUGAUCUGUUGGCUCCCAUGCCCGACCCUUCUUUCCUUCUCUCCCAGCCUCUUAGCGGCAGCCUCAACCUCGGCAACACCACAGUCCCCGAUUGGGACAACAGCCAGUUCCUUUCCGGCAGCAUUGAGCAGGCGCGCGGAGAGCCCAUGGAAUUGCCGGAUGACGACCUGAACCUGGACAUUGGAGAGGAUGAUGACUUGGAGCCGACAGCCGCUUACGACGAGGGUACCAGCAUUGAAGUUGGUCGUAACGCACCUUUGGAACGCCGCCGGUCCGAAGACUUUACCGGGCUAGGCAAAGACAUGAUAGUGGAUGACGAUGAUCUCGGCAUCGACCUUGGCGAAGAUCCUCCCACUGAACUCGCACGCGGCCAUGAACUCAAUUUGGACGAUGACCUGGAUAUUACUAUGGGCGGUAUGGACAUGGACACCGAACUUCCUGCAGGCUCUAUCGCCGGCGACUUCCCUGUGCGACAACGUGAAGAGUCACCGCUCUCCGAGUUGGGAGAGGAGGAGGCCACACGUCUUGAACAGGAGGUUGCCGAACAGAACGUCACCGUGUUUGAGCCAGAGCAGGAAGAGGAAGAAUCAAUCCAUCAAGCCCGCGCCAAGCGCAGGAGGGUCAUUGCAGCUGAUGCCGAAACUAUGAUCUCAAGUCACCAGUUGAGGGAGCAACAGAACAACCGCGAGAAGAUCCUCAAGCCUGCAUCGUUCCUGCCUCGCGACCCUCUUCUGAUGGCUUUGAUGAACAUGCAAAAGUCCGGAGGGUUUAUCUCGAGCAUACUGGGCGACGGACGAAGCCAAGGAUGGGCUCCAGAGCUUCGAGGUAUCCUUUCCUUAGAAGUUGUCUCACGCCCAGCCCAGAAGCGCAAGCGUGGUGGUGCAAUUGCCGACAAUGACGCUACCGAAGACGAGGCCGCAGCCGAAGGAGAGAAGACGCCACAACUGCAGCUGGAAUUUGAGCAGGAUGAGCCGACUUUGGGAGGCGGUGACCUUGGCCUUGGUGGCGACAACGACCCAACCCUUGCGGGAUCCGACGACAUUGUUCAACUUCCUGACGACCCUGGCUUCCAGCAGGUUGGUGAUGACGAAGAGGACAUCUUCUCGCCCGUUCCAGACAACUUCGACGACACAACCGCGCCGCUCGUCCAUCCCGACGAAGCCGGGCCCGUAUCGCUAGGCACAAAGCACGCUGUCCAUUUCUUGCGAGAACAAUUUGGACCCGAAGCUGAAGAGAGCGAGUCGGUACGACAGAAGAACAGCAUCGUUUUCCAGGAUGCGUUCCCAGAGGCCCGCACAUCACGAACAGACGCGACGAAGAUGUUCUUUGAAAUGCUGGUACUGGCGACCAAGGAUGCCAUCAAAGUCGAGCAACCAGCUAACGAGCUUGGUGGCCCUCUACGCAUUCGCGCUAAGCGUGGUCUUUGGGGACAAUGGGCAGAGACUGGUGCUAGUGGCGAGCUGGCAUCCCAGACUCAAGCAGCACCAACAGGAGAUCCCGACGCGCCCGCUGAGGCCAUGUUCCAGGGACCACCUGAGGUGUCUGUAUCUGCCUAA